AAGUAAUAGAAUUUAUCUGCGGCAAAUUUACCACGUGCGAAUUUACCACCUAAAGCGCUGAAAUCCUGGGGGACUGCGAUGAUCAGUCUGCGUUGAUCGAACUGAACUGAACCUUCUGAAGAUUGAAAGCCAUGAGGGGAGCGGCGGACAGUAACCCUAUGAAGAAAGCUAGAAAAGGAAGAACAACCUUCAGGCUAGAACAGAGUAUAAUUCUUUCAAAGUCAUAUGGAGUAAGUGCCCACCCAGAUGCAAGGGAGAAACAGCGACUGGCUGGAAUUCUAAAUUUGGAUGUACGGACAGUGGAGGUUUGGUUUAAAAAUCGCCGAGCAAAGUGGAAAAUGAUGCCUCCUAUGCAUACAAAUGAAAUUCCUGCUCCUCCUGCUUCAAUGGCAUCAAACAAUCCGAGGGAAAGGAGACACUUGGGGCUCUCAAAACACGGAUCUUAUCACGUGUAUCCACCGGGUAGCGUCCCUAUGGCUGCUGCGCAUGUGCAGUUGUCCCCGGCUUCGCUGUCGGACAGCAGUCUGGCCAGCACGUCCUCUUAUAGCCCCACUCACGGUCAAUGUGACACCUGGAACCAGCCCAACUCCAUGUACAACCUGGCCUCUUCUACACCGUUGAACUGGACAUAUCAUCGUCCGCAGCAUUCAUCCAUAUACACUCAGCAGUUCCAAAGUUACUCCUCUAACUGCUCGCAACCUUCUUCCGGCCACAACCAGAAUGACAUGCCGGCCACACAGCCAGCGCCUCAAAACGCCUAUGGCCACUCUGACUACUCGCACAGCCUGUAUUAUGAUCGUCCAGCAACGAUUCAGGUGUCCCCAUCGACUAGUGCCUUCACCCCAGUCACGUCAACAAACACUGGCCCCCCCGUCAACUCUUCAGCUGGCUACAGAGGCCAUUCCUCUUAUGAACACCAUUACGGCUUCAACCACCAGUCCCAGAAUCAGCAGGACUGGUACACCAACCAGAAUCAGCAGAACAGGAACACUGACCAGAAUCAGUUCUCACAUUCCAGCCAGAACCAAAAUAAUGAUAGCCAUUAAAAUCCUAGGCCGUACAAAGGCUAAGAAUGGUAGACGCAGGGUACGUCAAUGGACUUGGAUCCUAUAAUUACUUUAUUUGUUCAUUGUAGAAUUUUUCUUUUCUCACAAUCCGUCCAGAAUAAUAUUCUAUCCGAGUUCCCAUUUUCCAAAUUUUUGCAAAAUGUAUAUUAAAUAGAGGUCUCAGCCGCGAUAUAUAUUUAAGCGGUGGGACCAGCUUAGCCGAAUGUUUUGCCCAGCGGUGGCGGCUGGCCAUUUUCACCGGCGGCUGGCGCGACUGACAAUAUUUUAAAUAUGAAGUCUGAUAGUUCUUAACAGCCCAAAGGAAUUUUUGCUCAUGUAGUUUUUAAUUUUUAUCCCUUAAAUUUUUUCACUGACAACUGUCGUGACUGACAAAGCUUUGCCAGAUUCACAGUAGCUGACGGCUACCCAUGUAACCCAAAAUGUUCCGACUGGCGUGGUGCAGCGCGACUGGCUGAGACCUCUUAAAUUAAAUUAAAUUAAAUUCCUAGUAUUAAACUGUAGAGUAACAAGGGGUUGAAUGAUGAAUUGGUAGACUAUUUUGGUACUAUUUUGAUCAUGAGUUCCUGAUUCAUGAGUUGAUCGCUAUAAAUUUCAUGUAUCAAUCUGUAGCGUAGCAAGUGGUGGUGGUGGCCUGAUGCGCAGUGCGCACAUGUUAUCGGUGUUGGGACCUGGGUUUCUGCAUUCUUGCUAGCACCGUGCGCACCCUUCCGAGUUCUCGGACAGGCAUACAAAAUUAGUUUUUAGCUUCUUCUUCGUGCAAUGCUGAUGGGUGACUGCUUCGUAAGGAGAUUAAAAAGCUUUACUCUUACUAAGCUUCGGGGAUAGUUAAGGCAUUCUCAGGAUGCAAUGGGAGAUGUUUGAGCAGUUCAGGGAUCUAAAGCUGGCUACACAAUGUCAGAGGUGGCAGUGGUUAGUUAAGUGACUCAAAAUGCUCAAAUAGCUUAACGGGCUGGGAAACUCGCAAUUUUCUGGGUUUUCGCACCUUUCCAGCUGCCUUAGGGACAAAUGUCUAGCCUUUCAAUGAAACCUUGGUCUAGAGAGGCGAAAAGAUGGCCACAUUGGGCCCAAGCUCCUCUGCGGCCACUCAGGCCACCAUAUUAUUGGGAUCUGGGACCCAAAUCCAACGGGAAGUGCUGUGCAGAGGUUCUAAAAAAAUGUGCCUUAAUACUGUGUUGCUUAAAAAAAAUGCGAAAUAUUUUGUCUGUUAUUUUUUAUGUUCUCUUUAACUAUUGCAGCAUUUCAGAUGCCUUUUUGCUGUGAUAGAGAACUCAAUUUUUAAUUCAUUGCAACUGUUGGAAGAACAUUCUUCCUAAAAGUACAAAAAUAGCAUAAUAACAACAAACUUGCAAAUUAUUAUA